ACGUACACAAACUCGUGUCAGGUUCCAAGAUGGCUGCUCCCAGUGUGAAAUCACGUUACCGGCUGUUAAUGCUUUCAGUGUUAAUUUUUGGGUUUGUUUUGACUAAUAUCAUUAAUGCACAUGGACAUGGUCACGCUCAUGACCACGGACACGCUCACGAUCAUGGACACAGCCACGACCAACCGGCUUCUUUCAAAUACAGCAAGCAGGCAAACGAACAACAGGAAGAUGCUCAUGGGGGCCACGGACACGCUCAUGAUCACGGGGGACAUGGACACGCCCACGACCACGGGGGACACGGGCACGCCCAUGAUCAUGGAGGGCACGGCCACUCUCACGGGGGUGGACAUCACGAAGAUCACACAGAGGAAUACAAGAAAUGGGAAGACGCGAGACCUAAGCCCCCAAAAGCGAAAGAAACAGACUGGCUCUUAUGGCUCAAAGCCAUUGGUGCUACAGCAUUCAUAAGCGUAUCACCGGUUUUCAUAUUGCUUGUGAUUCCUCUCGAUAACACAUCCGAACAUGAGUCGCUGCUGAAAAUAUUGUUAAGUUUCGCCUCGGGUGGUCUCCUUGGUGAUGCCUUCCUUCAUCUUAUUCCACAUGCAGUGUCCCCUCAUUCUCACGAUGGGGGUGACCAUGGUCACUCGCAUGAUCACGGACACUCGCACGAACAUGGUGGACAUAACAUGUCGGUUGGAUUGUGGGUACUUGCUGGUAUAAUCGCCUUCCUCAUGGUUGAGAAGUUUGUCCGAUUUAUUAAGGGGGACGGCCACGGCCACAGCCACUCCCAUGCCCCAACCCCUGCCAAGCCAGUGGAGAAGAAAAAGGCAAAGACAAGUGAUGAUGAGGGGGAGAGCAAGACGGAAGAGAAGAAGAGUAAAGGAGAGAAAAAAGAAGAUAAGAAGGGAGAGAAAAAAGAAGAUAAGAAGGGGGAGAAGAAAGUGGAGAAGAAGGAAGCUGUUAAGGAAGACUCCGAGCAAGGGGACAUCAAGGUGGCUGGCUACCUUAACCUGGCCGCUGACUUUGCCCACAAUUUCACUGAUGGUCUUGCUAUAGGUGCUUCGUUCUUAAUCAGCCAGAAUGUCGGUAUUAUCACCACCAUCACCAUAUUCCUGCAUGAAAUACCCCAUGAAAUUGGAGAUUUUGCCAUCCUUGUCCAGUCUGGUUGCACAAAACAGAAGGCCAUGAUGCUUCAGUUUUCUACAGCAAUAGGCGCCAUGCUGGGGACUCUUUGCAGCUUAUUUGCCGAGGGUAUCGGUGAUGUUGCUACAGCCUGGAUCCUCCCCUUCACAGCAGGGGGCUUCAUCUACAUCGCCACUGUGUCUGUUAUACCUGAACUACUUGUGGACUGUAAGCUCAGCCAGUCAAUCAAAGAAAUUGGAGCCUUACUUGUAGGAGUAUAUAUGAUGGUUUUGAUUGGUCAAUUUGAGUGAUUGACAGGUGUCUUUAGCCAAUGACUGGUACUCGUUCCUAAACAACUCAGGUUGUUGAUAAUGGAUUUGAUGGAUCUGUGUUACAAUGGUUUCUGUAGAGUUUGUUAUUUUGAAAAGAAAUCAUAAACAAGUUUACAA